AGCGACAGGUACUACCACUGGCCGAAUUCAUAUCACACACAGCAUUCAACUGUUCGGUUUUUUGUUUUGUUUUUUUUUGUUUUUUAAAAAAGCAUACAUGCAGAAUGCAGCGUUUCCUAGUGCAAUAUAUUUGGUUUAACAACUUAUAGUUAACUUAGGUACAGUAAAUUCCUUCUUAAAAGGUAUUUUAAUUAUUCACUCGUUGAAGUAAAUUAUAUUUGUACUAGCCAGGGAUUUGAUAUUAUAUGUGUGUGUAAAGUAUUCACACAAGUUCAAAAUUAAUUAAAACGUAUAUUGUUUUAUGGCUAUAUGUAUAUUGCUUUAAAUAAACAAUAAAAAAAAGAAUAAUGAUCAUUUAAAAUUCUGACUCUUCCCGACCACGUGUGUUCAUUUGCUCUUUGAACCCUAGGUAAAAGGUCACUCGGCCAUCUUGGCAACAGAUGCAGGUGUUUGUUUUCACUACAAAAUUAUUACAGUAGCAGAAAAGUCGGGGACAAAACGCAAAAACCAAAAGAUCUGGGUUGCGGGGUAACAGGAUUUUGGUAAACUCGGCGAGGAACGGCAUGCUUAGCACAUCAUAUUUGUUGGCGUUUGUUUGAAGAGUUUUGAGUCGACAGUAGUACUGCACUCUGCAGCCUAGGUGUUUGUUGUCUUGUUGUGAGUUUCCUUGGCACACGGAAUAAGAUCGUAGAAUAAGAGAUAAGCUUAAAUAGGGAUGCUUUAAGAAAAAAAUUGAGAUUCGCAAAAUAUUUAUGAUUUCCGUAACUUUUAUAUAUUCAUAUGUUUACAGUUUGUAUCGUGCAAAAGCGGGGUGCUCUUUAUUUGUGUCGUCGUUGUAAUUAUAUACAGUGGUGAAACCGUAUCUGCGGUUAACAGCUAAUAACUCGAAUUAUUUAGGAAUUGUACCCCAGCUAAGGAUUUGAGAUAGGGCAUUGGAGGGGAGUCAGCGCUGGCAGGGCGAGUUGAUCACUGAUGAUAACCACACACUAGUUUAUAGUGUGAGAUCUUAAUCCAAUUGAUAAUAUCAGUAAAUCGAGAGGCGACAGUCUUCAGUAACGUAAAGGGAGACAAAAAUGUCUUCGUUCUCGGAAUCGGCCCUGGAAAAGAAGUUAUCAGAACUCAGUAACUCGCAGCAGAGCGUGCAGACCCUCUCGCUAUGGAUUAUCCAUCACCGCAAGCACUCGUCACCUAUCGUCAACGUGUGGCACAGAGAAAUGAAGAAAGCAAAAAGCGGCCGGAAGCUGACCUUCCUCUACCUGGCCAAUGACGUGAUCCAGAACAGCAAGAGGAAAGGACCCGAGUUCACCCGGGAUUUUGAGACGGUCCUUGUGGAUGCUUGCUCCCAUGUGUCCAGGUACAGGGCUGUACUGGGAGAAGCAGACGGUGGGUGCAAGAAGCACCUGGAGCGGCUGUUGACUAUCUGGCAGGAGAGGAGUGUGUAUGGGGCUGACUUCAUCCAGCAGCUCAAGCUGGCCAUUGAGGACUCCAGCAGCCCCAAGCAGAAGCCCAAGGGUAAGCAGCCCGGAGCUCGACGAACCAAACACACCCGGGAAAAGCGCAUUGAAGCAGUGGAGGAGAAGAAAGCCCUCAAGCGCACCUACCAAAAGAUCCAGGAGGUAGAGGAGGAGGAGGAGGAGGAAGACGAUGAUUACCGGGGUCACUACUCUCCACGGGACAAUGACACCACCGCACCCCUUCUGACGGAGGAGCUGAUCAAGGCGCUGCAGGACCUGGAGAAUGCUGCCUCGGGGGACGCAGCUGUCCGACAGAAGAUUGCCUCGCUGCCCCAGGAGGUGCAGGACGUGUCCCUGCUGGAGAAAAUCACAGAUAAGGAGGCUGCGGACCAGCUCUCGAAGACGGUGGACGAGGCUUGUCUUCUCCUGGCUGAGUACAACGGACGGCUGGCGGCCGAGCUGGAGGACCGGAGGCAGCUGUCUCGCAUGCUGACCGAGUACAUCCAGAACGAGAAGGAGGUCCUGGCUGACCGGGAGAAGAAACUGGACGAGUACAAGCAGAAGCUAGCCCGGGUAACGCAAGUCCGCAAGGAGCUGAAAUCCCACAUCCAGAGCCUCCCGGACCUCUCUCUACUGCCCAACGUCACAGGAGGUCUGGCACCUCUGCCCUCCGCAGGAGACCUCUUCAACUGAUUGAGAACAGCCCACUUCUCCAACUCUUCUUCCAGCCCUUUCCCCCUCGGAGAUCGCCAGGCAGCAGCCCUCGCCGAUGGCUUACAGCGGCUCACACAUCCAGCUAGAAGGCAAACUGCGAAGAUGGCUCACGAAAGACAGUAGCUUGGAGAAUGUAAUGACUUGUUUCUGAGAGGGAAAGGGUCAAUUACCAAUUACCCCAACCCACCCCCCCUCCCCCACCAAAAAAAAAAAAACAAAGAUUCCUGCAUCACCAGCCAGAAAAGUGGAAACAAAAAAAAAAACAAGACCUAACUUGGGGCGGGGGAAUAAUUAUUUUAUCUUUUUUUUUUUUAUUUUUUUUUUAAUGAAAUGUCAGCAGGCAGCUGAGCCCAUGAUAUUUGUUCACAUAAAGGGUAGUAAAGUUUGUCAUCCACUUAAGUAUUUUUUUUUCUUUUUCUUGGUUGAGUAAUAAAGUAUGACAGCUCUCCAGUUCAAAUGGAGGGCGAGCUGUCGCUGAACUGAUACGCUGUUACUUUUUCUAGAGGUGCCCGGUGCUGGAGAGGGGAGAGCUGCCUGUGCUUCUAACUGGCAGAGGGUUCAAAUUGAAAUUUCUGUUACCUCCGUUUCUACAUGUGUACUAAUACAGUUUAAAUCACUCUGUGUGUCCCAGUCAUGCCCACCCUUCCAGUAUGAUUCCUUUGUGACGCUUUCAAUAGUGCACUUUACACUGAACUUAAUCAGAAAGCAGUCGUUCUGUUUAUAGCAAAAAAGUAGCUCCAGCUGCAAGCACUAAAGCGUCCUUCUCUCCUUGAAGUCUGUUUUCCACUCUGCAUUGAAGAGAGCUGCUUCUGCUACUACCUGCAGCUACUACCUGCAUUAGAAAUGUGAGCUCUGAUGCAACUUGGAAGCGACACAGAAAUACACAACUAAUGAUGAAAGGGGAUCUUCGUAUUUGUUUUAUAUUCUCAACAAUAGAUGACAUCCUUCUAAUUAUAUCUAUAUAUAUAUAUAUAUAUAUAUAUAUAUAUAUAUAUAUAUAUAUAUAUAUAUAUAUAUAUAUAUAAAAUAUACUGCUUUUAAAACUACACCUUUAAGAGGCUUUUGCUUUAGAUAAUCCUAAAACAUCAUUAGCUCACGGUCCAAUGGGUGUGCGGUGGGGGCUUGGUCCUGAUGCAGGUAAACAUAGAAAAUAAUGGCCCUUGGGGUCUGAUCUUGUCCACCCUGUCUGUUUUAAAGAUAACCUGAACCUGUCUCGAUACUUUUGUCCCCAAGGUAUGAUCCCAAAUCAGAUUACACAGUUAAUGUGUAAACAUUUCAGUCUGGUGCCGUAGCAAUACCAGACCUCUUCGAGCAGAGGAAAGACUGCUUAACAAGCUUUGCAUCCGGCUAUCUGUCAGCAUUCUUUAGUGUUGCUUUUAUUUGGCUUGAUAUUUGACUUACCUCUUUAAAUUGUGGAACUGUGUGCAUCUGUCGACACCAACAGUUCACAUGCUCUUCUGACCACACGUGGUCCAUGAUCUUGGUCAUACUUGGUUUAUGUUUUGCAAUCAUGGUUGCUUAUGAACAUGCUGAGUGCGUAACCAGAUUUCUUUAGGGCAUGUGGUUUUGUUAUCGUUUACCGUGGAUCAACAUUGAAAGAUAUUAAAGCCAGGCUGGAUAUGAGAUUGUCAAUGUCUAUACAAUUAGCUCUCUGUGUCUGUGAGCUAAAAGCAGGCAACUGUAGCUUUAUCAUUUACAGAGUUUAGGAAAGAACAAAUGCUUUUAAAGAUGGAAUGUAUUAAUACUGCUGUAUAGGAGAUACACUUCCAAAGUGAACUUCUAGUUUUAAAUUUUAGAGAAAAAAAAGACCCAGUUCAAAUUGUUUCCUUCUCAGUAGUUUAUGACAGUAGUUGAAUGCCUACCACUCACAUUUGUUUGAUUUAAUGUAAGAUUGCAUCAGGUUUUAAACUUGUGUGCCUACAAACAAAACUCUCUUACUCUACUUUGCAAAAAUAAAUUGAUGUGUCAGGUGAUUUAAAACUAAAAUCUGUUUCUAGUCCCAUCCAUAUUUGAGGGAACUAAAUAUCUAUUUGUAUGCUGAACAAAGGCUGUCAAAACAGUAACUUAAAAUAAAUAAAUAAACAACCACAUAUAAAAACACAUUCAUUCUGGUAUGCAGUGUCAGUGCAGAAACAUCACCACUAGAGGAUAGGCGACUUUGUCAUUUUUUUGGGGGGGGGCGGGGUUUGUAUAAGCUUGAGACUGCCCAAAGGUGAAACAUCCGAGUGGAAUGCGUAAUAGAAAAACAAGUCAUGUUUUUACAUGAAAGGAUAGCUCCUGCAAAUAUUGAGUGUUUUUCACAGUUUUGAGAAAAUAAAGGCAGACAGCAUAUACUUCUUAUGCACUAUUUAAGUUAGGUACUUUAACUCUGUUGUGUUUUUAUUAUAAAGUGCUAUCCGGGUUUGGGUGUACGUUUUUUCCAGUGGUGGGGUGCACCAUUGUUACAAGCAGUUACAGAAAUAGUUUCAGACCAUCAGUUACGUUCUUUAAAAGCAGGAAGGUUGUGUUUUGUCAGAAUCCUCUGGCUUUAUUACAGAUACAUAAUUUGAAUUUAACAUGUACAUGCACCCAUUGUUUGUUGCAUUAUGCAAACCCAAAUUCUGAAGACAGUUGGUGUUUAUGGCAUUGACAGUGCAGUUUGAUUCCAAUGAUAUUCAUCAUGUUGUGCUGUCAGCUGCGGACACAGCAUUCCACUGUCUGUUGUCCAGCAAGAGAGAUGGGUCUGGUCUGGAGGUUUCUGAUUUAAUGUAUUUUUGCAUUCCAUACCAAUGUUUUUCUACAGGCCAUGUGAUUUUAGAAAAUUGCCUAACUUAUUCUGUCCUUUUCCUAAAUUCAUUUGCUUACGCAUUUUUUCAUUCAUUUAUUCAUUCAGUUUGUACUUGCUUUCCACAUCCAGAAAACACUGGCACCAGUUCUCAGGUUACUGGACAAGGAGGUUCUGUUUUAAAAAAAAAAAAAAAAAAAAAAAUGGGUUUUUACCUGCAAAGCGUCUCUGGCAUGGGGUCUGACUACUAGAGUAAGCAGGUAUGACACAUGCUGUACAAGCAAUCCAGACAUGACACAGGCCAUGUCUCGCUUCAAACCAGGGACUGCAAGAAAACCCGUACUUUCAGGUAAUUUCCCCACAAGCAUCUAACUGUUCUCGAAUCAGAUAAAGACACAAUCGUGCUUGUGUUGAACUGAGCAACAGCACAGGAAGACACUAGAAUGCAUUUGAAGUAGGUUAUAACCAAGGCUUAAAAAAAAAUCCCUUCCCUGAACAACAUUAUUUAUUUGGUCUUGCAAGAAAAAAUAAGACUAUACAUGACUAUUGCACAGGUGUCAUGGUGUCUAACACUUUAGAUAUGGUCUUAAUCCAAAAAACAUAAGACUUAACUAAAUGUGCCAAAAAAAUAUUAUAGUUAAUGCUUAUUCCUUUUUAACAUAUGUAUUUUCCCUUUAGGAUUCAAUUGACGUGAAUGGUGGCAUAAAAUAAUGCAUUUUACUUCUUUUUAAAGACAAAACACACUAAAGAAACUUGCACACAUUGUUAAGAGUCCUCUUCUUCAGCAAGGAUCUUAAAGGGAAGGUAAAGUCAGAACAUUCUUUACUGUGCUUUUAAAAGUACUACUGUUGAAAAAUGGUUGGGAUAUUUGCUCUGAUAUGUCUGUAACCAGAUCUAGUUUUAAUGUUGAUGAUCUAUUAUGAAAAACAAAAGCUGUAUUCUCAAAACACAUGUACAAAGUGUUGCAGGUCUUUUUUUUAAUUGGGUUACAAUGUAGGUCACAUCAAGCUUCGAGACAUCUGUUUUUGCAAUCAACUUGUAACUGGAAUGUGAAUAUAUUUGGAGUUUUCUAUUCUGUAGGAAAGAACAAAAAAUACAUAUAUUUAGUAUUUAUAGUAAA